AUGGACGAAGUGCCCAGUUUGGUGAAAAUCGGCGUCUCUUUGAAAAUCCAACCCGGUGACGGGCCGGUGUAUUUCAAAGUCGACGGACAGCGAUUCGGGCAAAACCGGACCAUCAAGCUGUUAACAGGAGCGAAGUACAAGAUCGAUAUUGUGCUAAAGCCUGGGAUUGUAUCAGCAAAGUCGAUGAUGAUUGGGGCUGUACUUAUCCCCCUAGAAGAGAAAUCGAGGAACCCACAAGUGGUGAAUUAUACUGGGAUCUAUGACACUGAAGGAGUGGCUCACACGAAAAGUGGGGAACGCCAGCCUCUACAAGUCAACAUUCAGUUCAAUGACAUUGGCACCUUUGAGACUCUGUGGCAAGUGAAGUUCUACAAUUAUCACAAACGGGAUCACUGCCAGUGGGGGAACAGCUUUGGCAGCAUCGAGUAUGAGUGUAAACCCAACGAGACUCGCAGCCUGAUGUGGAUCAACAAGGAAAUGUUUACCUAA